CGAUAUAAGUUCGUCGUUGGUAGAUAAUUGAGAUUAGAGUUGAUGUCAUUCAGGUUUAACUUCUCGAACGCGCUUGGUUGAUCUUUCGAGAAGGAAAUAUUUUUGUGGUUGAGUCUUUGAGUAAAAGAAAAUCAUGUCCGGAAGAAAUCGUGGACCACCUCAUGCUGGAUUGCCCCCUCCGGUUCACGAAUCCCCAUAUGGAAGAGGUCUUGGUCCGAUGCCCCAUCCUGCAUUGCUUGAGGAAAUGAGAGAAUCCCAGCUUGGCAUGGGUCCCAGACAACUUCCUCCCCACCCUGCAAUAAUUGAGGAGCAUCUUGCGGCUCAGCAUCAAGAUAUACAAGGACUUCUAGGUAAUAACCAAAGGCUGGCUGCAACCCAUGUUGCUCUUAAGCAGGAAUUGGAGGCUGCUCAAUUUGAGUUGCAGCGAAUGGCUUACCAUGUUGAUUCACUGCGGGCAGACAAGGAUGUCAAAAUGAGAGAUUUGUAUGACAAGUCUGUUUGUUUGGAAGUGGACCUUCGUGGAGUGGAGGCCAUGCGGAAUGAGCUGCUUCAGGUUCGUGCUGAUAUCAAGGAGCUCACUGCUGCGAGGCAGGAGCUCUCGGCUCAGGCACAAGCGAUGACACAAGAUCUGGCUAGAAUGACUGCUGAUUUGCAACAAGCACCAGCUUUGAGAGCAGAAAUUGAAGCAAUGAAACAGGAAUUGCAACGUGCCAGAGCUGCCAUUGAGUAUGAAAAGAAAGGAUAUGCAGAGAAUUAUGAGCAUGGUCAAAUCAUGGAGAAGAAUUUGACAUCAAUGGCUAGGGAGCUGGAGAAACUUCGUGCAGAAAUUGCUAACACUGAGAAGAGAGCAAGAGCUGCAGCUGCUAUUGGAAAUCCAGUUGUCUCUAAAGCUGUAGGUUAUAAUGCCAAUUAUGGGAAUCCUGAAGCAGGAUAUGCAGGAAACCCCUAUCCUGCCACUUAUGGCAUGAAUCCUGUACAGAGUGGUGCACCUAUGCCAGGUUCAUGGGGUGCAUAUGACAUGCAGCGAGCUCAGGGACACAGAUAAGCUAGUUCAUCCAUGGUGCUGAGCCCUGUCCUGACUGGUAUCUUCGCUGCGGUGUAUUAGAUGCUUAGGUCUGUGAUUGAAGUGUUAUCUGAUAGUAACAUUUUGAAAUUUAAUUGUUUAUUUGGUGUUUAGUAACUGUACCUAAACACCUCAAAAACUAUAUUACCUUGAUGGUGCAGUAAACUAUUGAUAAUUUGGUGUUCUUUGAUGCA